CAUAAUGCCAAAGAAACGUGUGUUAACGCCGAAAAAGACAAUAAUGGCAUCGAGCCGGUAGGGAGUGCUAAAAAGAAACCCAAGUUGGACUUGCCAACGGAUCUGGACAUUAUAGACUGGGACCUCGAUGAUGCCUUCGAAUUGGCAGUGGCCCGUGCAGAGGAAAUGGAGAGUACUCGCCCCCUUCGCUUGGACCUCACCCAGUGGCAGCGGUGCGAGGUGACCUCGGUGGUGCACACGCCCAGAGACCAGAACUCUGAAAUCGAAGUGAAGAAGAGCACUUCUGACGGAGAUCCGCAGACAGCUGUCUGCAAACUGCUGCCUCCUUGGAAUCAAACGCGUCUGGCGGCCGGCGACACAGUCUCCAUAUUGGCCAAGUGGGAUCCAUCUACCGAAUCCUAUGUGGUCGACAAGGAGCAGGGCUACUGCGUUGCCCAUCCAGACUUGCUCAUUUCCGGCACCACUGUCACCGGAUCACUUUUCUGCAUCCGCAAAGCGGUGCUGCAACAGCGUUUUGGAUCUCUGGAAUCAGGAAAUUCCGUUAUGCUAGUCGGCACAUUCGUGCACGAAUUACUACAAACUGUGCUUCGCCAGAAUUUGUCCUCCAGAGAUGAAAUCUAUACUGAGUUGCAGAAGCUGCUGGCCAGCUCUUCGUUAGCUCAAUCGCUUUAUGCCGCUCGCAUGAGCCACGAGGAAAUGGCGUUCGAGUUGGACAAGUUCGUCAAUCCGAUUGCCAGUUUUGUGGCUCAAUACGUGAUGGGUGUUGGCCCGGCCAGCUUGCCACCAGACAACUAUACCGGUCGCAUUCGCCAUGUUCUCGACAUCGAGGAGAACCUUUGGGUUCCCCAGCUGGGACUCAAGGGCAAGGUGGAUGUCGCUGUGAGCGUAAAAUCCGCCCAAGGCAAAAGGGCAGAUAUACCACUCGAACUGAAGACUGGCAGAGCCAUCUUCUCGAUGGAGCACAAGGGUCAAUUGUUGCUCUAUCAAAUAAUGCUCACUGCCUUGGGCAAGGAAACCAACUCCGGAUUGCUCCUCUACCUGAAGGAGAACCUCAUGCAGGAAAUCCAGAGCGGCAGAAACGAGCAGCGCGAUCUGGUGAUGCGCAGAAAUGAAUUGGCUCACUGGCUGACACGCGAUAUAGCCACUCCACCUGACCAAAAUGAGGAACUGGUGGAGCUAGAGGACAUGGCGCUGCCAGAGCCCAUUUGCCACAGGAACGCCUGUUCCAAGUGCACCUACAGCACCAUCUGUGCUAGUUUUGCCCAAAGGGAUGACAGCUUGGAGCUGUCCCAGUCGCAUCCCUUCAAGGUGCUCAUGCCAACGGUUUUGGAGCACCUCAACGUAACGCAUCUUAAGUAUGUGCACCACUGGAUUGGGCUGCUGAAUCUCGAGGAGCAGCACAACCGUCAGUCCUCGCAAUUAAAAUCAUUGUGGACUGUGGAUCCGUUGAAGAGGCAAAAGCAAGGCAGAGCCAUUUGCGAUUUGAAGUUGGUCGAAGGCAAAAAGGUGGCAUUCGAAGAGGGUCGCUAUCUUCAGAGCUUAGAAAUCGGUGGGGAAGUGGAUGCCAAUCGGAACAUUACCCUCAGGUUCGAUAUUGGUGAAUAUGUGGUGAUCAGCUGCACUUCACGUAUAGCAAUUGCUUCUGGCUUCAUUGUAUCCUUGGAUGCCCGUCGCGUGGAUCUCCGUCUUGAGCGUGAUCUCAGCUUGCUAUAUGCUAAGGAAUCGUUUGUAAUGGACAAGCACGAGUCGCAGACGUUUUCAACGUUCAACUUUAGCAAUCUCGCCCUAUUGCUUACCGAUGAUGCACGCACCGGAGUUUUGCGAGAUAUUAUUGUCAACAAGAGACCAAAAAACUCCAAUGACACCAUGGACUCCAUGAUGGAAGCGGAGCACAUGAUGCGCCACCUGAACAUUGAACAAAAGCUGGCCAUUAGACGGUGUGUGGUUAUGCCCAACUACAUGUUGAUCAAGGGCUUGCCAGGCACUGGUAAAACCGAGACUUUGGUUGUCCUGGUAAAAGUACUUCAUCACCUCGGGAAAAGUGUGCUUAUCACCGCCCAAACUCACUCGGCUGUCGAUAAUUUACUUAUGCGUCUGCUGCCGAGUGGUCUUCCCAUGCUGAGACUGGGCUCGACAUCCAGAAUUCAUAGCGAACUGAAGGAAAUCGGCGAGGAGUGGCUGACCAAAGACUGUAAGACGGUGGACGAAUUGGAGCGUGUGCUGAAUAAGCCCAUGAUUGUGGGGGUUACUUGUUUGGGAGCAGGACAUGCGCUCCUUCAGCGUCGUCGGUUCAACUAUUGCAUCGUGGACGAGGCCACGCAAGUGAUGCAGCCCACUGUCAUCCGUCCCCUGAUGAGCUGCGACCGAUUCGUCCUCGUCGGAGAUCCCGAGCAGUUGCCACCGAUUGUGCGGUCCAAGGAGGCUCGUCGACGCGGGGCGGAUGAGACCUUGUUCAAGAGACUGGACAUGGGUGGCUGCACCUAUGUGUUAAGCCUUCAAUAUCGCAUGAAUGCAACAAUCACUAAGCUGGCCAACAAGCUCACCUACGGUGGUAAACUAAAGUGUGGCUCUACCGAGGUUUCCGAAGCCAAGCUUCAGCUGGAAACGAAACCACAAGUGAAAGCAGCCAAGUGGGUGACGCUUGCCCUGCACUGUCAUCUGGAUCAGGCUGUCCGUCUAAUUGACACGGGAGAUUGCCUGGAUCGCUGCCAGGAAUUAAUUGAGGCAUCGACGCAGCUGGCGACGACCUGUUCCGCCAUCGAGGAAAGCUUCUCGGAAGAAAAGGAACAGCAGACCGAGCAACGUGUCGGAGGAGGAUCCCGAAAUGUUUCCAAAUACACAAACUACUGCGAAGCUGGCGUUGUGAUGAAAUUGCUAGCCUAUUUACUUAGAUGCGGAUUCAAAGCUUCCGAGAUUGGCGUAAUAGCUCCCUAUCGCGCCCAAGUUGAGCUACUCAAAAAGCUGACUUUUAAAAUGGACCCCCAGCUGGAAAUCAACACCGUGGAUACGUUCCAGGGGCGUGAUAAGAGCCUAAUCAUUUACAGCUGCACCAAGACAGGCCAUGGUAAUAACGAUACGGAUCGCUCACGCGAGGCGGAGAUUCUGGAGGACAAACGCCGAUUGACCGUGGCGAUCACCCGUGCCAAACACAAGCUCAUCAUACUGGGGGAUGUCCAAUGCCUGGAGCAAUAUGGACCCUUCAAGGCAAUGUUCGAGAACAUUCCAUCAAUGCGACGCCUCAAGCUGGAGGAUGAAAAGCUUGACUUCUCCUGGGAAAGGAUCCGAAGGCACCUCGUCACUCUAAUGAAUGCCUAGGUAUUAACUCCGCUUAUUCCCUUAAUUUAUUGUAUGAUUAUUAGGUGCAUUAGAUCCAUUAGGCGCGUGACACACUGCCAAGAUUUUAGAAAAACUUUGCCCGGAUGAAGACACCAAAACCAGUACAAAAACUUCAAAACUCUAAUGCAUCAAGCAUGUUUUACAUUUUUUUAAUAAAAUCAUAUAACUCAUUCUAAUUUAAUCACUUGUUAGGAUCCUCGUGAAAGCGUGUUCUCAAGCGGCUGGAAGUGCUAAUCGAAGCAUACGAAUUUAAUUACAUUUUAUACAUUUAUAUUACCUCUAGUAGUUCAAUUAAGCGCCCGAGUGAAGAUGCCAAUCGUAAACAAACACUUACAUUUAUACCUCAAACAUUGUUUAUAAAAAGACUCAAUAAAAUCCUGUGAUGCAUUGUUAUUUAAACCAACCAACAAGGUGUUUGUUUACUCGAAGGUUUCGCGUAAUGUUGUUAUCCACAAAACGGGAAAAACCCCAUUUCCCUUUAUCGGAUUAAAAGUAUUUCUGUGACUCCCACCCACUCCACUCCACUUCAAUCCAAUCAGUUAACGGUCUGUGUGUGUUCCUCCUUCUUGGUUGCACCUGCGAAACGGAAGUUGGGCACCCCGAGGUCUGAGCUGCUCCUCUGCGUGCCCUGAAUAUGUACAUAUAUAUUUAUUCAAGUAUAUAAAUGUAUUGCCAGCCAUAUGGAGACCAGGGAAAGGGCCACUUGCAGCGGAUGCAGUUAACAACCAGGAGCGAACGUGAGUCAUUCUUGAGAUGAUUAUCGUGUCAUUAUCGUCACAGAAGCGAGUGUGUAAUGUUCAACUGGGCAAAUGGCAGUCACCAAAUGCGAGAUUGAUUGCUCUCAAAAGCAAGACAGGCAAAAG